GUCUGACACAUGCAAAAAUGUAAAUGUGUAAAUAUAGCAAUAAUACUAACGUUUGAAUGUGAAGCAUUUUUUAAUGAUCUAUAAUAAUAUAAACCAUACAACGUUAUGGUUGUGCAUGCGCAAAAGGCCUAAACUAUCGUUUACAUGUGGAUUUUUAAUGAUAUACUAGAAAAAACGCAGCAACAUUUUUGCAGUUUCGAUAAUUUGUCAUUAUUUAUUAAUUGUCACCAUUUAAAAAAAGUAUUAGAAAAUCUAAAAUCUGCAAAGGCAGCAAAUGUGAAGUUUCCUGUUUUAACUUUUUCAGUAUGUUUUGUUCAAUAAUCCAUCCCUUAGAUAACGUUUAUAUUUAUCUUGUGUGCACAUCACAGUCAAAAGUAGACUGAAGAUUGCAUGGCACCUAUUUCCAUAUAAAACAUACAUCUGGCUCAUGUAAAUAACUAUUUUAUAUCCUUUCAUGCUUACAAAGGCCACACAAAAUACAUGUAUUUAUUAACUUAAUAUCUGCAAAAUUUGUGGGUAAAACAUGAUGUCAACAAGGUGGGUGAUCUUUAAUUAGGUGGCAAUGACUAAACUAGUAAUAGGCUUAAGCAAUGACUUGUAUCAACGCGCUGAUUUAUUUUUAGUAGCAAACACUUGGCUACUCUAUUAACGUUUGGAUCCAGACCAUCUACAGUGAUGCUUAUCAAAUACCAGUUUUUGUUACGAGCUUAACAACAUGAAUAAAAUCAAAUUCACCUUCAUAAAAGCACAUGGCCAUGCCAUUAAAAAUAUGACUUGUAAAAUGGAGGCCGUUUAACUGUGCGCUGGUUAGGCUUUCCCUUUAUCUCCGACGUUCUCUCCCACAGUCACGUGCCUCCUACAUCCAAUCCCAUCUCUGCAAUGGUUCAACUUAUCAGAGGUCUGUAGUUCACAGUGAAGUCAAGUAGUUACUUGAUUUCCACGGAUUCUGCUUUUGUGUCCGUUUCAUUGUGGGUGUAUACUUGCAGCUGGGUCUCGGUUUUAUUAUGUCGACAUUAGGGACACUGAGCUACUACGCUGACUCACACAUUCCACACGAGAAUGAUGAUAAUUUGGUACCGAGGUUCUCAUCUGGACCUGUGGUCCAGCAGCAGGCUCGGGAGCUGACGCUACUUGAAUAUGGCGAGCAGGAGUCGUACACCUUCCAGGCCAAAUCGUCUAUUUUUGGCGCAUCAUGGAGUCCCGUGCCCGUGCAGCCUCCUGGCAGUGCAUCCAUCGCCUACCACCCGUACAUUCAUCAUCCGUGUUCAACAGGAGAGCCCGUGGAUGGAGCAUCCGUGCGUUCCUGGGCUUUAGAGCCGCUGUCUGCGUCCCUGCCUUUCACGGGAUUAUCUGCAGAUAUGCACCAUGAUAUCAAACUUGAACCAAUGGUCGGAAAUGGUGAGAGCGGGACGCAUACACUUCUAGUGCCCGAGACAGACAACAAUACAACCCAGAAAGAGAGGAAGAUACCGGACGAUGCAAUUUCAAGCGAGUCACAAGAUGAGAAAACUUCAGCAGAGACCAAGCAUGAUCUAGACCCAAAUAACCCUGCGUCCAACUGGCUACAUGCGAAGUCUACUAGGAAAAAGCGCUGUCCUUACACUAAGCACCAAACUCUUGAGCUGGAGAAAGAAUUUCUGUUUAAUAUGUACCUCUCGCGUGACCGUAGAUACGAAGUGGCAAGACUCCUAAAUCUCACCGAGAGACAAGUCAAAAUUUGGUUCCAAAACCGUAGGAUGAAGAUGAAGAAAUGCAAUAAAGAUCGUCCAAAAGACAUUUAAACGAGGAAUGUAAAUGCGCACUGCAGUGGAUGAAGUUAUCUGAUUCGUGCGACAGUGUUUGUGAAUCAGCCUGUCUUUUCCCUCAUUCAUGCACAACAAAAGUAGAUUAUAAUUAAUAGUACAUGAUUAUUAUUGAUAUACUGUUAAUUUUGUAAUAUGUUAGGUGUACAUUGCACAAACAUUUGAUCUAAGAGUAUGCUUGUAUAUAUGGUUGUGUCUUUGUGUACAGCUUGUUGUUGAUAUAGUUCUCUUCUUUUUGGCUUGCUUGUUGUGGGCCUAUAGCUCUUAGCAAAGUGUACAUUUUAAAUAUGUUAAAAAUCUGUUAAGUUUUUUUUUUUAAGUUCCAGUUCAUGAUUUCAGGGAAAUUCAAGGAUCUGCGAAAUGAAAUAAUGAUUAUUUGCAUGAAUAUCAGAUUUCGUUUUUUUUUAUAAAAAAAAUACUUGUAGCGCAAUGUAUUAAUGUUAAAUGUGACUACCUAGAUGUAUUUAAACUACCUAUGUAUCAAGAUGAUUUAAUUUAUGUUGUGUUAUUCGUCAUUAAGAUAUUUCAUUGAAUUUUGUAACAUGCUUGCAAUGUUAUGUGAACACACAGAAACUGUGCAUACGCCAAUACCUCAAAUCAACAGUGUUAGUCGUUUUCAAAUGAAAUACCACUUGUGUACAUGAUAAAUAAAUUUCUGAUAAAUGUUAAAUUUC